GGGGGCUUAAUAAACAGCGACGUCUUUUCCUGCCCAGUCACCAGGCAGGCUGAAGCUCACGGGGACAUUCUUCACCUUCAGCCCGCUACCUGACCAUAUCUACAGACUUCUACGCUUUGCGCCAGCAUUCGAAGAAAUCCCAUGGGGCAAAAAUUCUACACGGUGAGCCCAAGAUAUCACGAGACUUACUUGACAGGCCGCCUGCGUCUCUGUCCGCCGGAAGCGGAAAUCAGGUGGUUUCAGGAUUCUAGCGGAAGAGACUCCGUUACCUUGGAGAACUGAAGUGCUGUGGGAUUCUGUUCUGUGGUGAACCGGAGGCUGCUUCUCUUACGUGUCUAGCCGGCGGGGUUGGGCCCGAGCUGGACAGACACAGUCCUUGGCUGAAUUUCAGAAUGACUGACACUUCUGAAGCUGUUCGAAAUUUUGAAGAGAUGUUUGCCAAUAGAUUCACAGAAGAUGACAAAGAGUACCAGGAAUACCUGAAACGCCCUCCUGAGUCCCUUCCUCCAAUUGUCGAGGAAUGGAAUAGCAGAGCUGGUGGGAACCAAAGAAAUAGAGGCAAUCGGUUGCAAGAUAACAGACAGUUUAGAGGUAGGGAUAGCAGACGGGGGUGGCCAAGUGACAAUCGAUCCAAUCAGUGGCAUGGACGAUCCUGGGGUAACAAUUACCCACAGCACAGACAAGAACCUUACUAUCCCCACCAAUAUGGACACUAUGGUUAUAACCAACGGCCUCCCUAUGGUUAUUACUGAUAGAAAUGUUAGUAAAUGUUAGUAAAACCAUUUACUUUGUUAACAUGACUAAAGUUUGUGUGUCUUUUGUUGCUGGACAUAGUUUUACAUCUGAUUUUAGAGAAUAUUCAUUUUUGGAACAUGAGACUUACUUUCAAUGUGAUGGUUACUGGGAAUAAACACUUCCCCCAAAAUGUUGUGGAUUAUAUUGCUUGACUUCUUCCUCAAAUUCUUCUUUGUUUCAUUACUUAAUAGUGCUUUGAGUUUGGUAUGUUUUCCUUAUUUGACUUCCAGGAGUUAUGUCUUUGUUUUAAAUACAAAAUGCUUGCUUUACUUUGUAAGAUAAGGGAGUAUCCAUAUAUUCAGAUGUGUUUGUUUCUAAAAUUGUACAGACUUUAGUACAAUCAGCUCAUGAAUGCACAGCUGUGCUUACUUGUGAUGUACUGUACAUCAGUAGUUGAAACAGUAAAACAAUUGUACUAUA